AACCGGCGCUCUAAAAAUGUCUGUGUCCAGCAGCUGCUACAAACCUGUCAGCCAUGUCCUCUUCGACAUGGACGGAUUAUUAUUAGACACGGAGCGGCUCUACACCGUGUCCUUCCAGGAGAUAUGUGACCGCUUUGGAAAGCAGUACACGUGGGCCCUGAAGUCCACGGUGAUGGGUAAAAAGGCUCUGGAUGCCGCCCAGAUGAUCCGGGACGCUCUGGAUCUCCCCAUGACAGCCGGGGAGCUCCUCGCCGAGAGCAGACAAAUACAAGAGAGAAUAUUUCCCUCCGCCGAGCUCAUGCCAGGUGUGGAGAAACUCACGCACCAUCUCCAGAAGCAUUCAAUCCCCAUUGCAGUGGCAACCAGCUCAGCCGAUGUGACGUUCCAGUUGAAGACGAGCCAACACAAAGUCUUUUUCAGUCUUUUUGACCACAUUGUUGUGGGUGAUGAUCCCGAGGUGAAGAACAGCAAACCUCAGCCGGACUCCUUCCUGGUCUGUGCCGGCAGAUUCAACCCUCCAGCUCCCCCAGAGAAGUGCCUGGUGUUUGAAGAUGCUCCCAACGGCGUGAAGGCAGCGCUGGCGGCAGGGAUGCAGGUGGUGAUGAUUCCCGAUGACAACCUAGACCCCAGCCUUACCCAGGAGGCCACGCUGCGGCUGAGGAGCAUGGAGGAGUUCCGGCCGCAGCUCUUUGGCUUGCCGGCGUAUGACUGAGCCCGAAAGCCCGUCAGAAACCACACCAUAUAAUUCAGUCUGUGCGUCCGACUCCUCUCUUAUUCCACGGUGAUGAUGAAGUCGAAAAAAACAAGCUGACUUCCUCCCCUCAUGCCUUACCCUGUUCUGGGUAUAAAGUGAUGUUAUUUGUUUUUUCUUCCCAGUUAAUGACAUUCAAUCGUUCGACAGAUGAGACUUAAUGUCACUGAAGAAGACCAAUAAGCUGUUAGAUCUCAGGGCAGUUCAUUAGCAAUCUAUUUCAGGACUCCUUUCUGAAAGCUUUUGCUGGAUAUAUUACACAUGUUGUGUCACUUGGCAUAGGUGAGGUUUAUAUAUCUGUUUCCAUAUCUUCUUCCACCAUUUUGCCAAAGUGAACAGGGAUUAAUGUGCAUUGCUUAAAUAUUACAAAUGUAUUCAACAGCAAAAACUACAGCUCAAGCUGUAAUACUGUAAAAAGCUAGCAGGGGGGUCUUUAAAAUACCCAGAGAAACAUGGGCACUGGGUCUAAAAAUGUGAAUGUCAUACUUUAAAAUCCCCAAAAGACCCCCACAUUUUGGCACACAUGAAUAGCGCACAUUUCAAAAUUCAUUUUAUUGAUAAUGUAUUGUGUUGUUUUCACAAUAAAACUGUGGCUUAUUCUCUA